AUAUAUUUCCUCCUUCUACGAUAAUUUCAAGGCUCUGGCAGGGAAUGACGUACGGGAUUUCCCGUGGAAUGAAAACAGGUUAUAUAUCCGCACGCCGCACAAACAAACAAGCUUAAUCCAGUAAUACUUAACAUCGCAAGAUGUGGCCGGCAACUCUGUGUUUCAUAUUGGGUACGCUGUACCUCUCACGAGCUCAGUCCUCAAAUACCGCUAUCAGCAAGCAAUCCGCUGAUGCAGUCGACAACUUUUCUGUGAACCUCUUCAAGGCGGUGUUCAACAACAACGGCGGCAACGCGGUGGUCUCUCCCGUGAGUGUGUCCACUCUCCUGGCCAUCAUUCAGCAGGGUUCUGGCGGCAACACACUAGCUCAGCUGACCCAAGUUCUGUACCUCAACCAGGAGCAGUCGAAAGAGACAUACGGUCAGCUUACAAGAAACUUGAAGGACUCUUCUGGAAAUGCGACCCUGGAGUUUGCUAACGCUGCGUUUGUGGAAGAAGGAUAUCCAAUAAAACCUGAGUUCUCGAGAGUCAUGGUACAAGAUUUUCAAUCCUCAGUUCUGACUGCCCAAUUUUCUGAACCUGUUGAAGCUGCUGCAGAGAUAAACUCGUGGGUGGCAAAUCACACACAUGACAAGAUCCAAGAACUUAUCUCUCCGAAAUCACUAGACAGUUCAACUCGACUGGUGUUGGUUAAUGCCAUCUUCUUCAAGGGUUUUUGGAAGACACUCUUCUGGAAGAAUAGGACGACAAAUGACGCUUUCUUCACAAAACCAUACACGUCAAAACUAGUUCCUACAAUGCACCUGGAGACUAAACUGUUAACAGGCGAUCUUGAGGACUUGGAUGCUCGAUGGCUGCAACUUCCAUUUGAGGGCGAUCAGUAUUAUCUGCUGAUAAUUCUACCCAACAAGAUAGACGGCGUGGACAGCGUGGUGAACAGCAUCACUGGCUCUGAGUUCUCCGACCUCCUUGAUAAUUUGGACAGUCGUGGUUGGAACAGAACUGUCGUUCUGUCUCUGCCGAAGUUUAAGCUGGAAACAACGCUGCAACUUAUCCCUACAUUAAAAGAGAUCGGUCUGACAGACAUAUUCUCUCCUGGAGCGAACUUGAGUGGCAUCUCAGGGGAGAGUCUCUAUGUGUCAGAAGUUGUUCAGAAAGCAGAAAUCGAAGUGGACGAAGAAGGAGCAACAGCUGUUGCCGCUACAGCAAUAAUUGGUGUACGAGCUAUUGGUGCGAUUCUAAAUCCUGAACCUCCAGUAGUUUUCACCGUGGAUCACCCGUUCUUAGCAUUCCUUGUGGAAGAACACGAUAAAAUACCACUCUUCGCCAGCAGAGUAAUUGAUCCGACGACUUAAUAAUGAUCGCCUGUUUGUUGUUCUUGCGUGAUGCUCACAUGUUUGUUGUUCUUGCGUGAUGCACAUCUGCCUAUUGUUUUUGCGUUAUUGUUCUUGUAAAAAAAUUCAGUCACAAGAAUUUUAGUUUUGUUGAUUGCCGAAUACACUGUGAAAUAAAGCUGGACUGCAAAGUGUC